UGGGAUAGAAAAUAUUUCAUGUCAGUCAUUCGCAGUCGAAGGGAAACUGGCGUGGUGGGAUUUUCUUCCAUUUCGCGUAACAUGUCUCAGUGAAUUUGGCAUUGAUUGCACGAUUUUCCGGGAAAAUUGCAAAGUAAAACCUUUUUAGAUUCAUUCAGUCCAGGCGAAAAGUGUGUGUGAACGAUGAAUUUCGACGAUUACGAGCAACUUCCCACGACGAGUGUUUUUACCAACAUGACCGCAGGAGCGAUAGCUGGUGUCUUGGAGCACUGCAUAAUGUAUCCCUUGGAUUCCGUCAAGACACGCAUGCAGAGCUUAUCUCCGGUAACGAAGGGCAGUACCAUCAUGUCCACAAUGACCACAAUGAUACAGAAGGAAGGAAUUUUAAGGCCUGUUCGAGGAAUGGGAGCCGUUGUUGCCGGGGCUGGCCCUGCACACGCCUUCUACUUUGCCUCAUAUGAAUACAGCAAAAAUUCCCUGGCCAAAAUCUCUCCUCACCAGCAAGUCAGCUACAUAACUUCGGCCGUUGUGGCAACACUUAUCCACGAUGCCAUCUCGAAUCCGACAGAAGUGAUAAAGCAACGGCUUCAGAUGUACAAUUCGCCGUACAAUUCUGUGAUCCAGUGCAUGAAAACUGUGUACCGGACGGAAGGCAUGAAGGCCUUCUACCGCUCCUACUUCACUCAGCUUGUGAUGAAUCUACCCUAUCAGGCGAUUCAUUUCUCCACAUAUGAAUUUUUCCAGAAUAAACUAAACAAGGACCACCACUACAAUCCACCAGUACACAUGUUUGCCGGCGGUGCGGCCGGUGCUGCAGCGGCGGCAUUCACGACACCCCUCGACGUGGUGAAGACGCUGCUCAAUACUCAGGAGACCAGCGUGGGUACCACGAAGGGUAUGACGGAUGCCGUGAAAAAGAUCUAUGAGCGAGCUGGACCUCUGGGCUUCUUCAAGGGUCUCAUGCCGCGAGUACUGUACUCGAUGCCAGCCACAGCAAUCUGUUGGUCAACGUAUGAGUUCUUCAAGUAUGUCAUAUCGAAUCGUGGCAGGGAAUUCAAUUCACCCGCUGCUGCGGCUGUGGGGGCGUGUAGGACUAAAGCAGGGACGGAGGUUGCAAUGAAAGCGAGUGACCAUCACACGCCGGGGCAUCGGUAUGUGCUGCCCGUGGUGAAUUCAGAUGUGGAAAUUGCCAGCGGAAGUCUCAAGCCACGCGAAUUACCCGCAAUGUCCGGAGCCGGUAUGUAUGGUGCCCUCAAUUUAAAUACACUUCACUCCGACUCCUCAGCGACACGACAGUUCGAUCAGCGGUGUAACACCUAAAAGAACUAAUUUUUGAAUAUUUACUUUUUUUUGUUUUGAAAGAACCUGAAAAAGAAUUUCUUCCAGUUGUUUCAUUAGAAUGAAAAAAAAAUAAGAAAAGAUUUACAAUUUACUCUUUUAAAUCCACGAUUUAUGCAAAAAACACAAAAAAACAAAAAUAGUUGAGGUCUGGAAUAAUGCAAAAUUUGUCAUAUAAUAAGUUUAUGUAAAAUGUAUAAAAGAAAAAAACGAAUAAUGUCUCAAGUCCACGGCAAAGCCGUACCAAAUAUAUCUCCCCCUUGUAUGCUACAGCCCCCCCCCCCCAAAUCAGCCACUUUACUCGCAUUAUAAGCAAAAAAAAAGAAAAAUAAUAAUCUCUUGCGAAUGAGAGAGAGUCUAAAUAGCUGAACCUCCCAAUUUGUUUACAAGUUUAUUUUAUUUUUUAUUUGUUGUGUCUUUUUGGGCAUUUUAUCGGCAAACUCCUUGCCACUACCAUUGCCCAUUUGGAUAUUUUUUUCUUUCCGUUGAAUAUAUUUUUUUUUUUUUGCAAAAAAAGGUUUUUAUUUUAGGUGGAAGAGAAGUUAAGGAAGAGAUAGAGAAGAAGGAGAAAAAAUUGGCAAAACUACAAAAAAGGGUUUAAAGGGGACAAGAAAAAAGUACACGAAAAUAUUUUUUUAGGAAGAGAUUGAAAAAAUUAUAGUAUUACAAAAAAAAAUGAAUCGCAAAUAAGGAAAAAAAAUUGUUGAUGUUGAUGGAAAAGAAAGAGAAUCAAAAGAGAUCAACCGUGAGAAAAAAUUGUUGAAACAAUUGAUUUCUAUUUUGAUGCAUUGAGCGUAUAAAUUGUGAUUUCACAUUUUGAACGAGGGAUUUGGGUUCUUGUUUUUGAAACAAAAACAUAAAUUAAGAAAAAAUUAAAGGGAAUGAGAAAUGAUCUUUGUGUGUCGUGCUGAUGAAAAAAAAACGAAACAAAUCCACAAAAUCUCCUAUUUCACACAAAUUAGCAAAAUUUUUCUUGCAAAUUCAAACACAUUUCUGUGAGGAAGAAAAACGGCAUCAAAUGCCACAGAGAAUUUUCUUCUUUUCUUAGAAAUUUGUAAAUAAAAAAAUUAUAUAAAAAAUUGAAGAAAGACAAUGUGUUUAAAAAAUAGGAUAAUUGAUGUAAAUAGUGUAAUUUGAAAAAAAAAAAAGAUGAAAAAAGUAAUUUUAAAAUGUUUUAAAUUGAUCCGUUUUGUGUUGUUAAUUUCACGAGAAAUGAAGAGAAAAAUAAUUAACUAAUUAAUAACGAACUUAGUGUUGCUACACCUCAUUGGAUAUUUAAUAUAAAAAAAAAAUUAAAAAUAAAUAAAAUGAGUCAAACUGUUCAAUAGUAGAUCAUAUAUUAUUCAGACAAUAUUAGAAUUUUAAGAAUUUUCACGGAAAAGUCAGAAUGAAAAAUGGAAUAAGUUUUAAUUAAUAAAUUUAUCAGCAAAUUAGCAAGAUUGCAAUAGCAAAUACACCCACAAACACAGCCUAGACACCGUCUUAUAAACAUUCAAUACACAUAGAAAUUCUAUGUUUUAGAUUUUUCAAAAUGCUAACGGUCAAUUAGUCGAAAUUUUCAAUUUUUAAAAUAAUCAUUCUAAACUCAAAGGAAUUUUAAUUCGGCUUUUGCAUGCUUUUAGACAGAGCAGAAUGUUGUGAAGGGUAGAAGAAGAAAAAACGAACACAAAGACUGAGGAAGCAAAAAUCUUUAGAUGACUUUAUUUGAAGGCUCAAAACGGGAUAGAAAAAGUCUUCUAUACAGGGUUAGGUUGUACAUUGUGGUCAAAAAGAACAUUGAAGAGAAAAUGUGAUUUUUUUGCUCAAUUUUUGUGAUUUAAUGCAAUAUGAUUUGAAAAUAAAAUUAAGCCUGUUACACACGGUGAGGUUUAAGAUUAUGGUUUAGAGAUUAACUUGGAAAAUGUAAAGCUAAGUAAAUGAAAAGAUAAAUGAUUUUAUUAGGACUUUAUAAGUCAUCCAAUCAAUUCAAAUUAUUUCUUAGAAUUCUUAUACAUAGUAAGAAAAAUUACUGAAACGUCGCUGGAAAAUAAAGCUGUCCUUAUUUUUCUUACUUUUACAUAUUUCUGUUCAGUCUUAGGAGAUUUAGGUUUAAGGAGUUUGAGUUUAAAACUUAAGCUUCAGUCUUUUUUAAAUAAAAGAUUGAGAAUUAUUAAUUUAAUAAUUAAAACAACCUUUGUUGGGGUUUAAUUUUAAAUUAAUUUUUCUAUAAAACCUAAAAAUUGACAAUUUUUUCUUUGAAAUUUUAAAAUUUUAAUACAUAUUUUUUAAGAAUUUAAAUUCUAAUUGACGCAUUAACUCAAUUUAAUUAUAAAUAAUUUCAAAAAAAUAAAAUUCUUAGAAAUAUUUCAAUUUCUAAGAGCUAGAUCGCAUAAUUAAGUAUUAAGAUCACAUAUUUGCUCUCAUCAAUCAAUGUUCUUUUUGACCAAAAUGCAAAUCUUGCGGUUUUUGUGGAGAAAUCACAAAAAGAAGAAUAAAAAAAAAAGAAAAAUUUGGGAUGCCCCAAAAGAUGGGAAUUCCCUUAAAAAAGAAAAUAAAAAAAUCAUUUGCAAUAAAUGAAAAAAAAUAUUGCAUUUCACUCAUUAGAUGUGAGUACUUGUAAAUAUUGUAUAGAGAGAAAGUUAAUUUAAAAUUCACCUCCUAAUUAAUUUCUUUAAGUUUCCCAAGAGAAGCGCAAUCUUUAUAAAAUGAGAAAUCAAUUGCCAUGCGGAGAGAUUUUUUCACUUCCUCCCUGAGACUUUUUUUUUUUAAAUUGAAAAAUUCAAUUUUAUUGUAUAAAAAAAAUGUUGAGAGAAAAAAAAAGAAAAUUCAGAGAGUCAUUCAGCGGGAAGUGAUAGGGAGAGGAAUUUCUGAGAGAAAGAAUUAUAUAGGAAAUAUUUAAAAAUUAAGUGAAGUAAAGUCUAAAAGGAGCAAGAAAAAUAAAGAUUAUUUACAGAA